UAUACCUUUUAAUUGCAGGAGUGAAAAGUAUAGCAGGUUGCUUUCUAUCGCCAAUGGCUACAGGAAUGAGUCUAGUUUUAUGUAUGCUAACGCUUAAGCAAGACAGGCCACGAGCGAAAUACGUUUUAUGGCCUAGAAUUGAUCAAAAAUCUAGCUUCAAAUCUAUAAUCACAGCUGGCUUAGAACCUAUCGUUAUUGAAAUGCAAAUAAUAGGAGACGAAUUGAAAACCGACAUGCAAAGACUCGAGGCUCAGAUGGCGGCUUUAGGCGAAAGUGUCGCUUGUGUACUUACAACAACGAGUUGCUUUGCGCCUAGAGCGUGCGAUUCUGUGGAUUCUAUCGCAGCCCUCUGCAGUCAAUAUAAUAUACCGCAUUUGGUAAAUAAUGCAUACGGCUUGCAGAGUACAAGAUGCAUGCAUCUCAUACAAGAAGCAUCGAGAAAGGGUCGUGUAGAUGCCUUUGUUCAAAGUACGGACAAGAACUUUCUAGUUCCAGUGGGCGGUGCUAUCAUAGGUUCCUUUGAUAAGAAUCUCUUGGAUCGCAUAUCGAAAAUGUAUCCGGGACGUGCGAGUGCGAGUUCCGUUAUGGACGUAAUGAUAACACUGUUGAGUCUCGGAAUGGCAGGAUACAAACAAUUGAUUGCUCAACGUAAGGAAAUGUAUUCUUAUCUGAAAGAAGAAUUGGGGAAAUUAGCAACGAGGCAUGGAGAAAGGCUGUUGGAUACUAAGGGCAAUCCAAUAUCCAUGGCUAUGACUCUUCAAUGUCUAAGUCAUCAACAUGACAACAAGCAAGUUACUAUGCUAGGAUCAAUGCUAUUUCUGCGUAAUGUUAGUGGUACUAGAGUAAUAACGACAACAGAUUCUAAGCAUAUUGUUUCACAUAAAUUUGAAGGUUGGGGCGCACACAACAGCAAUUACAGAGUUCCAUAUCUAACUGCUGCAGCAGCAUUAGGUAUGAAGAGAACUGAUGCGGAUGCAUUUAUACAAAGAUUGGAUAAAGCUUUAACAAAAGUAAGGAGACGUUCAGCGCCAGUAACGCCUACCGCCUCACUCGCCGGUUCCAGCAUCAAUGGAGAUGCAGGUGGUACUGGUGGACCAGGAGAAUCUAGCACAGCCUCAACCAGCCGUGCAAGUAGCAAAGAUAGUUUGAGAAAAUGAACCGUAAUCAACGCAACUGGCCAGUCUAACCAGCACAUUAAUAUCAAUUUAUAAGUAGUUUACCACUUACAAAUUGGUAUCCAUAGCAUGUUUCUGGGAAAUGUAGUUUGACACAAAAUUGUUUAUUUGUAUAACGUAUACCACGUGUUCAUAUAUUGACAAAAGUUAUAAAAGAUCCGAAACAAAACUAAAAAUUUCAAGCUCUUUAAAAUUUAAAAAUUAUGUAACAUAAAUAUUUCCUAUGCAUGCAAGGAUGCAAGGAAAAAUUUAUGAAAAAAUUCCUCUUUAAAACAUAGUAAUGAAAUAAUAUUAAUUACAGAGCUCAAUGAAACAGUGAUCUAUAUCUAUUUUCAUAGACACAUGCUAGAUACAAAUAUGCUGAUUUGUCUGACCAUUUGCGUUGAGAUAUUGUCAAUUUAAACCACACACACACACACGCACACACACAUAUACCAGAAAAAGGUGAAUUGCGUUUCAAACAUUAGAGAUCAACAAAGUAUUCGAGAAAAACGAAAAGUAAAAAAAGAGAGAAAGCAUACAAAGCAUAUUAGGAUACUUAUGGCUCUAUUUCACACGAGAUUUAAGUGAUAGCGCUGGUCGCCGAUUUAAUAAAGUUAAUGUGUUCUUCGUUGAAAUGUAUAUGCUAUUUAUUUAUUAAAAAAACGUACAUAUAUAAGAAUAUAGGAAAUGCUAAAUUUUUAUAUUUAAUUUUCUUUUUUUUUCACCUUCUUGUGCUUCUUAAUAUAGUUUGAUAUACAAAUGUAAAAAACAGAGAGAAAGAUAGAGAACAUAUAUUAACCAAAAUAAAUUGUAUACUCGAGUGCUUUAUAAACUUUUUUUUUUUUUAACGAGCAACUAUAAAACUUACAAUUCUAUCGAUACAUGUAGCAAUAUUCAUAUUAUUUACUAAUUGUUUAUAAUAUUUAUUAUGAUAUAUUGAAAACUUUUGAUUUUUCAAAGCAAUUCUUUUAUUGGUAUAUGCUUAAUGGAAUUGAUUUUAUUAAUUAAUUAAUAUUAAUUUUUUGUAACAUAUAUAAUUUGUUUCAAAUGCUUUAAAUGCAGAGAUUUUGAACAUUAAAUUUUUUUUCCUUUUUAUUUAAACAGAGUAUAUUUGUAUUUAUGGCAUUAGUGAAAAAACAUAUUAUCUGUGAAAAAAAGAAAACUAGUGAAAUGUUUAUGUGGAAAUUAUACUAUUAUAGGAAAGUAUAUGACAAAAUUUAGGGAUACAUAGUACACACAAUGGCGCAACAUGAUAUACGAAAAUGUUGCAUUGGAUUUAAAAACUGUAAUAUCUUCGUAUAUAUAAACAUAUUUGUAUGUUGGUUUAUUCCAAAAACGAUAAGAAUUUGGAAUAUAAUAUUGUAUUACUGUUUUGUUUUCAAUGCAGAUAGAGUAUUAUUUUAAAUUGUAAUGUUGUAUAAUAAAUGGAGUAUAUCCGAGCUAGGAGUAUGUUAUGUGAAUAUAAAUAUUGUUUGAAAUAUU